GUUAUCUUUACAAGAUGACAAUCUCACACAACAACAGCGUUGAUUCACAAGCACAAAUCCAUAACGCAGUUGCAGUAAGUACAAGUCAGAAUUGUCAUCUCCCAGGAAAAGAGUAUCUUCUGGAAACAUUUAAAAGCAGUGUCAUACAUCGGGCAGUACAUAAUGAGCAGGCAGCUGUUGAGUGGCCACAAGGUGGAGCAGGCGAGUGAAGAGGUAGUCAAGAAUAUGAAGAUAUUAUCUUUCAUUCACGGGGUGGUCCGGAUUCUGCCUGAGGGCUGGCUGUAUCCUGGGACAGCCCCCACCUUCAUCGACAGGAUAAGCAACAUGAAGUUCAGAAGCGAUGACGUGAUGGUGAUGACCUUCCCCAAGUGCGGCACCACUUGGAUGCAAGAGAUUGUGUGGACCAUGCUGCACAACCCUAACUUGGACAACCCCAAGGAAGACGAAACAAUAUUUUUACGUAGUCCAGACCUCAGUUACGACAUGAUCUUUGAUUCGAAGUCUCUGGGAGGAUCACCCAUCAAACCCAUUGCUGAGAGGUUUAAAGAAAUUCAUCCUGGCAAAGAAAUGGACAACGGGGUAAUGGCGGACAUCCUUGAGGCGUUAGGGGUCCUCGCGUCACUCUGUCCUCCAGCAGUGUCAUACAUCGGGCAGUACAUAAUGAGCAGGCAGCUGUUGAGUGGCCACAAGGUGGAGCAGGCGAGUGAAGAGGUAGUCAAGAAUAUGAAGAUAUUAUCUUUCAUUCACGGGGUGGUCCGGAUUCUGCCUGAGGGCUGGCUGUAUCCUGGGACAGCCCCCACCUUCAUCGACAGGAUAAGCAACAUGAAGUUCAGAAGCGAUGACGUGAUGGUGAUGACCUUCCCCAAGUGCGGCACCACUUGGAUGCAAGAGAUUGUGUGGACCAUGCUGCACAACCCUAACUUGGACAACCCCAAGGAAGACGAAACAAUAUUUUUACGUAGUCCAGACCUCAGUUACGACAUGAUCUUUGAUUCGAAGUCUCUGGGAGGAUCACCCAUCAAACCCAUUGCUGAGAGGUUUAAAGAAAUUCAUCCUGGCAAAGAAAUGGACAACGGGGUAAUGGCGGACAUCCUUGAGGCGUUAGGGGGUCCUCGCGUCAUAAAGAACCACUUUCCGUUCCCCCUUCUGCCUCGGGACAUCCUGGACACAAUCAAGGUGGUCUACGUGGCCAGGAACCCCAAGGACAUGACCACCUCAUUUUGGAACUUCUAUAGCUCCACCAAUGUUCACGAGUUCCGUGGCGACAUCGAUAGCUUUGCCAGGCUGAUCAUGAAUGACGGAAUGAUCUAUUGUCCGUACUGGCCACACGUGAUGGCUGCGUGGGAGAAGAGACACCAUCCCAACCUGCACUUCGUCUUCUACGAGGAUCUGAUAUCUGACAUCAUGCAUGAGCUGAGGAAGAUUAACGAAUUCUUGGGAGCGGGACUGAGCGAGGAGAAACUUGAGGCCAUAAAGCGGCACAUAUCGUUUUCCUCCAUGAAGUCUCGAGUUGGAACCUUGCCCGGCAACCCAUUUAAGAAGGAACAAGACAAAACUGUCUUUUUCAGAAAGGGCAUCGUGGGCGACUGGAAGAACAACUUCUCGCCGGAGCUGCAGGAGGAGAUGGACCAGUGGAUCAAAAAGAACCUGACGGAUACUGACCUGAACUUGAGUUGGGCCUUGGCGGAGUGACCCGCCUCCUGAAGUGGUGUCAUUUCUACCGGCAGUAUUGUUCAGCUCACCUGUAAUACCCAUGAUGUUGGUGAUGCUGAAAAUUAUACUACUAAUAAUGAUAAUAAUAAUAUCAAUAAUAUUAAAUUUCCUUUGCGCAAUUUUUAAUGUUUUCCAGUUUUACUUACGUGGUUAAUGAUACUGCUGUACAUUUUUCAAUGUGAAUAAAGAAUACUGAACUGAA